AUGGGGUAUGAUUCAAUCCCUAUACCUCGGCGGAAAUCCUGUGAGGCAUGCAAGACCGCAAAACGCCGCUGUGACCUCUCCCUUCCCGCCUGUUCUCGAUGUACCCACCGAAAUGUACCAUGCAUCUAUCCGCGGCGACAGUCAACCUAUGAUGAUCACUCGGCACCUGGAAUAUCGCCACCAGUUGAUCUCUGCGAUAUUAAUGUGAAUGCACUAGCAGAGCCUCAGCACAAUAUAGAGCACAAUAUAGACAUUUUUCAACCUUGUUCUCCUGCUCUAACAGAACUUGUGGAUUCACUUCUUCGAUACGACCAGGAAGAAUCUCAAAUUUUCUUUGUUGGUCCUGAUCGAACAGUCAAUGUCGGCCCUUACUUUGCACUCACGAUUCCAAGAGCAAGGCAACCAAAACCCCUACCGGAAAUUAUUGCCUCCAACCUACAAUUCGCAAUUGACAUUCUAAAAAAUACCCCCAAAACGAUGGUUCUUGAAAAUCAAACCCCAUGGUGCCACUCAAGACUUUACAAAAAUGGCAUGCCGAGGGCCAUGCAAGACGCUUUCGCAUGCUGCUCUCUAUACCUCUCAAAGAACGAGAUCAAUGCACCAGUAAUAAUGUCUCUAUUCGAGGAACGAAUAAGAGAAAUAAUAGCCACUCCCGAACCAGAUGAACUAUUCGACAAGCUCGCCCGAGUUCACGCCUUAAUAUUGUAUCAAAUAAUGCGAUUAUUUGAUGGCGACAUCCGCUCUCACGCAACAGCAGACGCACUUUUCGACUCAUUAAAUUCAUCCGUCCUAUCUCUUGUCCAGCAUCUUCACCUCCCACUUCCAUCAGAUCCCCUAGAGUCUCUCCCAAUAUCCAUAGACUCCGCCAUCAAUUUCUGGGAGUCAUGGGUUAUACAAGAAUCCGCACGACGAACAGUACUACUCGCUUUCUAUUUUAUGCAAAUCUAUAAAAUCCUCCAAGGAAAUAUCCCAAUAUACUGUGAUGGAAAACUUGGCUUACAACAUUCAUGGUACUUAUCAGCUUCUCUGUGGAAUGCGCAAAGUGCUUUCGAUUUCGCUGUGGCUUGGGCGGAGAAACCCCAUUUCGUGGUACAUAAUCUAGACUUUUCUUGGGCCUUGACAACUGCACAACCAGAGGAUGUCGAUUCAUUUGGAAGGAUGCUUUUGGUGACCAUUAUGGGAAUUGAUUCGACCAGAGCAUGGUUUCAUGGCAGGGGUUCUAUAUUUCCCUGA